AUGGAUAAUGAUGCAUGUUCAGACGAAGAUAAUGAUUUAGUAGAUAGAUUGAAAAGUUACACACAAGAGCUGAGUCUUUUGUGUGGAAGGAUUGAAGAGCAGCAUUUUGAGGCCGAAAAGGAUGAGGAUGUCAAUUUUGAUGGAGAUACACUCACCUCGUUGCAAGAAAUGGCGGAAAAUUGCGAGGCGUUUCUGUCUUGUCUUGAAGUAUGUGGGAACGAUUCGGACGAAGAACGCUUUAACAAGGAAAGGAAUCGAGUUGACCAAAGAUUGAUCUUUCAGAUGCAGCAGCAAACGCCACAGGAAAGCGAGCUAGGUCAGUCUUCUGGUCUUGAAGCGGGCAUCGAGAUCCGCUAG